AUGGCAGAAAGGGGCAUUUGUGGCUCAAAAGAUUUGUUUUCCUGCUCAAUUUGUCUGGAAAUCUUGAGUGACCCUGUCUCCAUACCAUGUGGACACAAUUUCUGUAUGAAGUGUAGUCGCAGCUGCUGGGAUUCUAAAGAUGUGUACAGCUGUCCUCAGUGCAGAGGGACCUUCACUUCAAAGCCGGACCUGCGCAGAAACACCCUUCUGGAUGAAGUUGUGAAGUCAGUAAAAGCAACAAAAUUAUUUUUACAUUAUGCUGGAUCUGGAGAUGUGGAAUGUGAUUUUUGUACUGGAAAGAAGCUCAGAGCUGUGAAGUCCUGCCUCACUUGUCUGGUUUCUUUCUGUGAGACGCAUGGGCAACCCCACUCAGAAAUUACUACACUUAAAAAACAUAAGCUGAUUAAUGCAACUAAAAACCUGCAGCAAAAGCUCUGCACUCAACAUGAGAAAACAGUGGAAGUGUUUUGUAAAUCGGAUCAGACCUGCAUUUGUUUGUUGUGCAUGCUGGCUGAGCAUAAGGGUCAUGAGAGUGUGGAGCUGGAAACCGAGUGA